UGGCAACUUGUCGAUGCAUAAACAAAACUGGUUUAUCUGUUGGUUAUCUCCUUGUUUGAAUUUUAGAAUUUCUUGGCUUAGUGGUUGUGUCUUGUGAAAGAUGAGUCAAAAUGUAAGACAGACUUCUCAUAUCGUAGCAGAAAUUUUCACAGACGUCGGUACAGCAUUUACACGGCUUGGUGAGUUGGAAAUGUUGUUAAAUCCCGAAUUUGAUUCUCCAUAUCGAGAGAAAGCAACAGAAAAUGAAGUACAAAUGUUACGUGCUGCCGUUAAGAAAUUCGGUGAAGAUAUUGAUAAAAUAUGUCAAAGAAUAAAAGACAGAACUCUUCUGCAAAUCAGAAACAGCAUGAAAAGACAUGCAUAUGAAGAAGCGGGUUUACCUUUGAGGAAGCAGCAAAUAAUUUCUACUCCUAAGACUUCAAUUUCUCAAGAUAAAACUAGAAAUGCUAAUGCUGUCUUAUCUCAAGCUUCUGCGAAAUCAGCAGAUAUAACUCUAAAUAUGCUAAAUGCAACAGAACAAGAAGUUGAUGUUGAGGGACUUUCAGCUGUGGAUAAACUUGAUUAUGAUAGUGCUGAUGGUCCAUGAAUAUUCCGAAAGAAUAUCCAGAAAUAUCCAAAAUGUGAAAGAAAACACAUUUUGAUGAAAAAUUUAAUAUUGUGAAACAAUGUAGUGUAAUACUUGUAUGCGAUUCUUACUCUAUUGUAGAUUGUUUGAAUGCUAUUAUAUUAAAUGUAUUUUUUUUUAA